UUAUACUCGACACAUCACGUUUUUAGAUUUGAUAUUACAUGUAUGGUAUUAGCAUACAUUUUCUACAUUUAACAAUUUUUUUUUUUUUUUGGAAGAGAAUAAACAAAAUUCUAAAUUCAAAUGCUUUCAAACAACACUAAUAAAUAACUAUAUGUCCAGUAUGAGUAAUAAAAAUGCAACGACAUUACCGGGAAAAAAAUUAUCGAAACAACAAAAAUUACCAACAAAUUAUUCUAACAAAUUUUUGAGACAAUCCUCAGUAGCCUCUAAUUUUUUAUCAUUGGAAACAUUACCUGAAGUAGCUGAUUCUAAUUUUUUACGUAAUUCAUUGACGAAACAUAAUUUUCACGAAACUCCAAGGUACUCUGUAAUAUCCAAAGGUAAUGAAAAACUCUGUCGUAAUUCGUCAGCUACGUUUAAUUCAGAAAAUAAAAAUUCGGAUUAUGAAGAUGAAAGUGAAUUAAUCGGUAUGUUGACGAAACAAUUAUAUCUGGCAACUAAUCAAAUACAAAAAAUGCAAUCAUUAUUUUUAAAAUCAGAAGAGAAAUUAAAAGUAAAAGAACAAGAAAUUAAUUUAUUAAAACGUAAGAAUAAGGAAUUGACUGUAAAACAUAAAUUUCAAGAUUCACAUCGUAAAAGAGAUCAACAAGAAUGUCAAAAACAAUUGGCAAAAUCAGAUAAUCUUGUAAAAAAGUGUCAUGCUUUGGAAACAAGAAUUCUCGAGAUGGAGAAAUUUCUUGAAGAUUACGGUUUGGUAUGGAUUGGAGGCCAAGGCACCAAUUCAUCUUCCGAAACAUUAUCAAAAGAUUACAUAGAAAGCUGUUAUACCCAAUUAAUUGCCAAUAUUGAGGAACUUAACAUUGAUGCAGGUAUAGAUGAAGUUCAAGUUCAUCACAGUCAAGACGGUUCGAUUGCAUCUUUUAAAGUACCAAAGUGCAUGACGUUAAAAUUCUUCAAAAAUGGUUUAGUAGUUGAAGGUGGACGUCUACGUCUCUACAGUGAUCCAUUAACAAAAUGCUUUAUUCGCGAUAUAUUAGAUGGAUAUUAUCCAUCAGAAUUUCAAAAUAAUUAUCCAAACGGUGUACCAUUAAAGGUUGAAGAUCAUAGGAAGGAAAUUUACAUUGGCUAUGGAGCUGAUUUUCCUGGUCAUGGCUAUAGAUUGGGAAAGCAAGUGUCCUCUCAAUAUAAGACAACCAUGCGUGAUGGUAAAUCUGCAAACUCUUGGCCUGGAUCAACUAAUCAGAGUCCUAUCAACACAAAUAGAGAUCUUAAUUUGCAAUCUCCUUUACAAGAUUUAUCAAAUAAAUUGACAAAAAGCAAAAAGGAUUCUUUCACUUCAUCAGAUUUGAACAAUUUACGUCUACAAAUUUCAGCAUCACACAAUCAUAAUUGUUCCAAUACUCAUCUUCAAUCUCACAUUAAUGCUGAACUUGCAUUAAGUGCAAGAAAAUCAAAGAUUGUAAAAACAUCGAUGAGAAAUUCAGAUAGUUAUCGUUCUUUAAAUCAAUCACCAAUAAGAUUUGACAAAAUGGUCAUUAGUAAAAACGUACAUCAAUCAUCCAGGAACUUAACGCCAGUAAGUAAUCGUAAAUUUCGAUCGAGAUCUGCUAGUCAUUCGGAGAAACGUUUUAACAGUGGAACAUUUCCAAAAAAUGGAUCACAAUAUUUGACAAGUUCUCAAAAUAAUUUGAAUAAGUUGCAAAAUAAAAAUUUGUCUACAAAGAUUCAUACACCACGAGCAUCUAAAUCUGCAACUCUAAAUAAUUCAAAGGAGUUACCAUUCAUUCUACAAAUUAAUGAUCCAUCUUACAAUAAAGAGGAAUUACGUUUAAAAAUUCGAUCACUAAAUGGAGGAAAAAUUUAUCUAAUACAUAUAUCUGCAAAUGAGACGGUUGCUCGAUUAUAUGAAAUUUUAAAUACAACUGCAAUGAAAGAUCGUCCAGCGUCAAAAAAAUACCACAUUGUGACAAAUGGGUAUGAAUCAAAGCGAUUGAAUCAAAUGAAUUUAUUAUUAAAAGAUUAUGGAAUUACUAGAGACAGUGUACUUCAUCUUGUCAAUGGUAAUUGACAAAAAUUUGCUGAUAUAAAAUGGUUCAUAUUUUGAAAUUUUCUGCAAAAUUUCUAUUUUACCGACACAAGUUAUUCUUCUUUCUUUCAAAAUAUAUCCAAUCUCCAUUAUUUCAACAAUCGAUAAUAAAUAAUGAUUUAUGAAAAAAAAAACGAAAACAAAUAAAUAAAGAAAAAUAUAAAUAUAA